AUGAUCACAGGAUAUGAAGUUUUAGCUAAAGCUUUAGCCAAGUAAAAUAUUCAAUACUCUUUUGGUAUUGUUGGUAUUCCAAUCACAAACAUUGCUAUGGCAUUCCAAUCUGAAAGUAUCCAAUACUACGGAUUUAGAAAUGAAUAAGCUGCAGCUUAUUCAGCAGGUAUUGUGGGAUACAUUACCAAGAGACCAGGAGUAGUGUUAGCAGUGAGUGGACCAGGAAUGACUAAUUGCAUCAGUGCAAUGGCUAAUUCAAUGGUGAACAAAUGGCCAAUGAUUGUAAUUGGUGGGGCAUCAGAAACAAGUCUUGACGGAAAGGGUGCAUUUUAAGAAUUUGAUACCAUGGCUUGCUCAAAACCAGUUUCUAAGUACUCAGCUAGACCUGCUAGCAUCAACCAUAUUCCACUUGUAGUUGAGAGGGCAGUAAGGAUGUCAAUGUACGGAACUCCUGGACCAGUUUAUAUUGAGAUGCCUUCUGAUAUUAUUCAUGGCAAAGUUGAAGAGAGUAGCAUAUAAUACUUCCCCUUAGUUGAACUACUACCAUAACUUCAAUUGUCAGACUCUUAAGUCGGAGCUACUCUUAAUUUACUGAAAUCCGCUAAAAAUCCUUUAGUCAUUGUUGGUAAAGGUGUUGCAUACGGUCAAGCAGACUAAGAAAUGAGGGAUUUCAUCAAUAAAACUAAUCUACCAUUCUUGGCUACCCCAAUGGGCAAGGGAGUUGUUAAAGACUCUGAUUCUCAUUCUGUAGGAGGUGCUAGAACUUUUGUACUUCAAAAUGCUGAUGUUAUAUUCUUGUGUGGAGCAAGAUUGAAUUGGAUUCUUCAUUUUGGUGAAGCCCCAAGAUUCAAUAAAAACGUUAAGAUCAUCUAACUUGACAACGAUCCUCAUGAAUUCCAUACCAAUGUUAAGGCUGAGGUCGCACUAGUCGGUGAUGCUAAAGUCAUACUCAAUUAACUCAAUAAUGCUGUGAAGGAGUAAAUUCUUCCAGACACUUCAGAUUGGUGGAAAAAUCUCAAACAAAGAGUUGUAAAGAAUAAGGUUGACUCUGAGAAACUCCAAGCUGAUAGGACAAUUCCCAUGAACUAUUAUUCAGUCUUGAGAAUGGUAGAGGAUUCAAUUCACGCCCAGAAAGAUGACUAUAUAAUUGUUAGCGAGGGAAGUAACACCAUGGACAUUGGUAGAACAAUCUUGUCAAAUGACUCAGGGAGACAAAGACUUGAUGCCGGCACCUUUGGAACAAUGGGUGUUGGAUUUGGGUUUGCAAUUGCAGCACAUGCUAUUCAUCCAAAAAAGAAGAUUGUUAUGGUAGUUGGGGAUUCAGCAUUCGGCUUCAGUGGUAUGGAGGUUGAAACAGCAGCAAGAUACAACAUUCCAUUGAAGGUUAUUAUUGUUAACAAUAAUGGUAUCACUUACGGCCAAGAGGAGAUUGAUAAAACGAAUCCUCAAUAAAUUCCAGUUUUCGCUUUGAGUGUUGAAUCUAAAUAUGAAAUGAUCUCUUAAGCAUUUGGAGGAAAGGGAGCAAUGGUCAAGGAUCACAAAAAUCUUUAAGAAAGAUUAACUGAGAUGCUCAAUGAUAACAAUCUAUGGGUUCUUAAUGUUAUGAUCGAUCCAAACGCAGCAAGAAAGCCAUAAGAAUUUGCCUGGCUUACUGGAGAAAAAAAGAAGGAAGAGGCUAAGCUCUGA